AUGGCAUCAGUAUAUACAACAAAAAGAGGUAAAACUAAAAAAGCAAAGUUAGGCAUUAGAAAAGAUGCAAACAAUAAUGCAGCAAACAAAUUAAAUUCUAAAUUAAAAACAGAAAGUAAAAAAGUAACAACAGAGCCAAAAGAACUUUUUAAAUCACAACAAGAAUUACUUUUAAAACAAAAUGGUGAAUUAUUUAACCCAACUCUAGCAUUAGCAGCAAAAUGUUCAAAUAAUAAAUGUAAAAGUGGUAAAAUCGAUAAUACAAAAACCAAACUUUUAUUAUGUUCUGCUUGUGGCACUGCAUCAUAUUGUUCUAGAGAUUGCCAAGUUGAACAUUGGAGCAAUGGUCAUAAAGAAAAAUGUAUUAAAAUACGUCAAAAGAAAGAAGAGGAGGCUAAAAAAAAUUUUGAUUUUUUAAACUCACAAAUUGAUGCUUUAAGUAAAGUGGAGAUAAAGGAAAAGAAAGUUUUAGAUUUUUCAACAUUUGUUAAAGAUGAACAACCAGAUAUUAUUAAUAUUGGGAAAAAAUCAGAAGAAGAAACAUCAGAAGAAACAGCAACAGAUAAUAAAACUAAUGGUAAUAGUGUAAAUUGGGAAUUAUUUAAAAAUGAUGAUAUACCGGAAAUUGAAGAGGAAUAUGAUGAAGAAGAAGAAGAGGAAGAUGAUGAGGAUGAAGAGGAUGAAGAAUAA